CAACGAGAAAAGCGGACAUCGUCGCCUUAAAACCCAAACUAUCCACCGACGCCGCCGCUUCUCCUCCUCCUCCUCCCAAAUUCUCUCCUUCGGUAGGAAUUCAAUCUCCAUUUUACCGCAAACCCUCGAUUUCUUGCUCUCUGUCUUCUCUUGUUCUCUGGAUUUUUUGGGGGUUUGAGGUGGAGCGGAGGACGAGAGAUGAAUUUUAAGAACGCUAAGGUUCCGAAGGUCCCGGGGGCCGGCUCGGCGGCGAGGCUCAUCAAGGUGACGCUUCUCGGCGGCGCUGGCGUCUACGCGGCCCUUAACAGCCUCUACAACGUCGACGGUGGCCACCGCGCCAUCGUCUUCAACCGCAUCUAUGGCAUCAAGGAAAAGGUUUACCCGGAAGGGACUCAUUUGAUUAUCCCAUGGUUUGAGAGACCUAUCAUAUAUGAUGUUCGUGCCCGUCCCCAUCUUGUGGAGAGCACUUCUGGUAGUCGCGAUCUGCAAAUGGUAAAAAUCGGUCUUCGGGUUCUUACUCGACCCUUGCCCGAUCAUUUGCCUACAAUAUACCGUACUCUUGGAGAGAAUUACAAUGAAAGGGUUCUGCCAUCAAUAAUCCAUGAAACGUUGAAGGCUGUUGUAGCAAAAUACAAUGCCAGCCAGCUGAUCACACAAAGAGAGGCUGUAAGUAGGGAAAUACGGAAGAUAUUGACUGAGAGGGCUGCAAACUUCAAUAUUGCAUUGGAUGAUGUGUCUAUUACGGCAUUGAGCUUUGGAAAAGAGUUUACGCAUGCAAUAGAAGCUAAACAGGUGGCAGCACAAGAAGCUGAGCGGGCCAAGUUCAUUGUAGAGAAGGCUGAGCAAGACAAGAGAAGUGCCAUUAUUAGAGCACAGGGUGAGGCCAAGAGUGCUGAGCUUAUAGGUCAGGCAAUUGCAAGCAAUCCAGCAUUUUUGGCUUUAAGACAGAUUGAAGCUGCAAGGGAAGUGGCACAUACAAUUGCAAAUUCUGCUAACCGGGUGUUCUUGAAUUCAGAUGAGCUGUUGUUGAACCUUCAGGACUUGAAUGUGGAAAGCACGACCAGAUUGAGGAAAUGAACAAGGGAUCCAUUUUUGCCUUUCAUACAAGUCAAAAGUUAAAUUAGAAUGUUUCGAAAGGAGUGAUGAUGAUGUUUUGGAAAAUCUGAUCUACAGAAUAAAAAAUUGAACUUGCUUGACGGAAAAUUUGCUGAAAAUUUUCUGAACCACCAUUUGUUGGAGAUGCUGAAGCUUUUUCUGUUAAUUCACUUGUCCUGCAAGUAAUGACUUUUCAUUUUCUAACAUUUCCAAAUCUAUUUUGUUGAUUGAUACUGAUGGUGGCAUGUAUGAAGAACUUGUUUGUCCUCAUCCAGAAAAUUGGUGGGAAAAA